AUGCGGCCCCUCGCCAUCCAGCCCCUCGCCAUGCGGCCCCUCGCCAAGCGGCCCCUUGCCAUGUGGCCCCUCGCCAUCCAGCCCGCACCUGAAAGGCAAAUACCCAGUCUGAAGCCUUGUGUGCAGAAAGCUGGAGCCAAACUGACAGAUGUGUGCGAUGAGGCCAAGAGCAGCAGUUUGGCGCUGGCCAUGCCGCCCCUCCCCGCCCCCCUCCUCCUGCUGCUGCCGGUCCAGCUCGCCGUCCUCUCGUGCGUCAGCGGCGGGGCGUACUACGGCCACAAGCAGCACCCUCAGCCGUACCAGCCCAGGCAGCACCUGCAGCACAUGAGCCUGGGGAAGGAGGGCUUCCCCCAGCAGCAGUACCUCGGCAAGGAGGCGCCCUACAUGCAGUACCCCCACUACAGGAAGGAGCUGCCCCAGCUACCCCAGCUGCCCCAGCUGCCCAUGCACAAGGGCAAGGACUCUGCUCGAAAAGGAGGCGGCUACAGCGGCGGGCAGGACAAAGGUCAGACGAUCCCCAGCGGUGCUGAAGGGAUCCCCCAGGGCGAGCCGGGUCCGGCUGGGCCGCCCGGACCCGAGGGCCCUCAGGGACCUCCUGGACCUCCAGGGAACGGCCAGCCAGGACCGGCAGGGCGACCUGGACCUCCCGGGCCGCCUGGAGUGCCUGGGGUGGGGAAACCAGGCUUGCCCGGACUGCCGGGAAAACCGGGGGCCAACGGAGACGCCGGACCACAAGGAGAAAUGGGGACCAGGGGAGAGGAUGGGCCGGCGGGACAGCCGGGACCACAAGGUCCGCCGGGACCGCCGGGACUUCCGGGAAUCGGCAAACCGGGGGUCCAGGGGCUACCAGGCCAGCCAGGACCCAAAGGAGAGCCCGGCCAUAAAGGUCUCCCCGGACUGCCGGGACUGCCGGGACCCAAAGGAGACAAGGGUCUGGGUCUACCUGGACCGCCGGGUCACAAAGGCCUCCCAGGCCCCCCGGGACCUGCGGGGCCCAGAGGACUGCCUGGGUUUGGAAAACCCGGGUUGAACGGAGCCCCGGGUCCACAGGGACCGCCAGGGGACAAAGGAUAUCCUGGGGAGCCAGGACCAGGGGGGCCACCUGGUGAAGGAGGACCGCCGGGCCCCCCGGGGCUCCCCGGUCAGGGGAAACCGGGUCAGAAUGGCUUACCGGGACAGCCAGGGAUGCCUGGUGGAAAAGGUCAUCCGGGACCCCCAGGCUUGCCUGGAAAACCAGGGCUGCCUGGGUUUGGGAAGCCUGGACUCCCGGGACCAAAAGGUGACAAAGGUAUGGGAGGACCACCUGGAUCUCCUGGACCAAAAGGAGAUAAAGGCCAUGGAGGACUACCUGGUAUGACAGGACCCCCAGGCCCAAAUGGUCCACCGGGUCCACCAGGCCCUGUGGGACCCUCUGGAGGUACAGGUGCACCUGGUCCCAAGGGGGAUUGUGGAGAUGGAGGACCGAAAGGGCUCGAUGGACCCAAAGGUUCUCCUGGUCCUCAAGGAGCACCAGGAAAAGAUGGGCUGCCAGGGGGCCGCGGUGAGCCAGGACCAAGAGGUCCACCAGGACCGGGCGGUGCCAAGGGAGACGACGGCCAUAAAGGUCUGCCUGGAACCCCUGGUCCUCCGGGACUUCCUGGUCCAAAAGGACAAGGCGGAUCACCAGGGGAAGCAGGACCCCAAGGUCCCAAAGGCAUCCCAGGCAUGGAUGGAGCAGCAGGGCCAACUGGACCUCCGGGUUCUCCUGGACCAAAAGGAGAUAAAGGUCCACCUGGUCUACCAGGGAUUGCAGCUGAGGGGAACCCGGGCCCGGCCGGUCCAACCGGACCCCCAGGAAGAGACGGCCCACUAGGACCCCCUGGACAGCCCGGUGUGCCCGGUCCUCCCGGGCCGCCCGGCCCCCCGGGACCCUCUGGCUUCUCUCCUGACAUGGCGGGGGUGCUGUCUGAGAUGGGCCCGGGCCUGGACGGCGUCAAGGCCGGAAGCUACGCCAAGAAGGGCAAGUACGGCGGCAACGGGGCAGAAGUCAUGGGCCCGAGCGGCCUGGAGAUGCCGGCGUUCACCGCCGUGGCGACGACCGCAUUCCCGCCGGUCGGCGCGCCGGUCGUCUUCGACAAGCUCUUGUACAACGGCCGGCAGAACUACAACCCGGAGACCGGGGUCUUCACCUGCGACAUGCCCGGCAUCUAUUACUUCGCCUACCACGUUCACUGCAAGGGGGCCAACGUGUGGGUGGCGCUGAUGAGGAACAGUGAGCCGGUGAUGUACACGUACGACGAGUACAAGAAGGGUUUCCUGGACCAGGCGUCAGGGAGCGCCGUGCUGCCGCUGCAGCCCGGCGACACGGUCUACCUCCAGCUGCCCUCAGACCAGGCCUCGGGACUCUAUGCUGGGCAGUACGUGCAUUCCUCGUUUUCAGGGUACUUGUUAUAUCCGAUGUAA